AUGAGAAUGAAUUAAAUAAUUUAAUCACCAUUUAAUGAAUUCAAAGAUAGAUGCUUUGUUAUCUUACAAUGUUUAGGUUAAGGGAUUGAGGGAGAAGUAUAUGAAGCAAGAGUAGAAAAUUAAUCAUAUUAUGAAAAAAAUGUUGCCAUAAAAUUUUAUACAAAUAUUAAUCAAAGAGAGGAAUAAUUUAUUGAUUCGAUACUUGAAUAGAAGUAAAACAAUUUGCAUGAAUAUAAUUAAUUUCUUGUGCAAAUAUAUGAAAAAAUAUAACUAAAUAAUGAGAUAUUGGUGGUUAUGGAAUUAGGAUAAUGUUCCUUAAAAGAAUAUCUGAGUAGAAAUGAACUAAGUUUUGAUGAGAAAAAUUAAAUAUGCCAUUAAGUAUUUCUAAUUUUAAUAUAUAGAUUUCAAAAUCAAUACAAUUUCUACAUAAUCAGAACUAUUUUCAUAGGGAUAUCAAACCAGAGAAUUUUGUUAAGAUUAACAAAUAAUUUAAAUUAACUGACUUUGGAUUGAUUAAAAAAUCUUUCGAAUCAGAAAGAAUUCCAACAAUAUGUGGCACUUAAUAAUAUCAAGCACCUGAAAUUUAAGAUGAGAUUUACUCUCAGGAAAUUGAUAUUUGGUCUCUAGCUUGUGUAUUUUAUGAAAUCAUCUAAGGGGAAGAACUAAUCUAAGGUACAUUUUUAUUUUAUUUUAGGAUAUAAGGAAAAGUAGGUUAAAUAUAACAAAAAAGAUUUGUUGAAUAAUAUAGAAGAUAAUAAAUAGAUAUAAAAAAUGAAAUAAAGUUAAAUCCCUUAAUGGUCAGAUCUAAUAAUAAAAAUGCUUAAUCAAAAUCCAAAAUAUAGACCAAAUAUUCUUUAAGUUAUAAAUGAGAUUGAAAAGAUAUAAUAAAUAAAUAUAGAAGAUAAUAUCAUCAGAAAUCCUUAAAAAGAAUAGAUUUAAUUAUAAGAAUAUCUUAAUUAAAAUAAUAAUUUAAGUUAAUAGGAAAAAGAAUCAAUAAUAUUAGAUGUAUUAUUAUAUUUAAUAUUAUUCAUAGAUUUCUAAAUCCAUAUUGCAUCUUCAUAAAAAUGGUUAUUAUCAUACAAAUAUUGAUUUGAAUAUGUUUUAAAAAUAUAAUAAUCAUUGGGUAUUGGCAGAAUUUGAUUCAAAUAAAAGAGAUUAAUCUUUUAAUAAUUCUGAACUGGAUCCUAUAUCUAUUGAUAUUUUUCGUUUAGGAUGCCUAUUUUAUUAUAUCCUUUAAGGAAAAAUAGUAUCUGAUAUAAGAAAAGUCAAGGUUAAUUAGAAUUUACAAAUCAAAUCAGAUAUAGAUUCUUAUACUACUGAUAAAGAUACAUUUCUAACUAAAAUUUAAUAGAUUAAAUCAGAAAAAUGGUAAAAAUUAAUUCUACAUAUGCUUGAAUCUAUUGAGGAUACAAGUUUAAGUUUAUAAGAAAUUAUAUAAGUUUGUAUUUCUUAAAAUGUUAAUUCACUUAUUGAUGCUCCUACAUAAGAGUUUCCUAAGCGUUAUUUUAUAUUAACAAAACGUUUCGGAUAUGGAGGAGAAGGAAGUGUCUAUUAAGCAACACCAAAAAAUGAAAAAUUUUAUAAUAAAGAUAUUGCUUUUAAAAUUUAAUAAAAAAUGAAAGAUCAUGAGAUUUAAUUUAUUGAUUUUUUAAUUGAUUAUUAAAAAAAUCAUGAAUAAAAUUAAUUUAUAAAAAGCAAUUUAAUUAAAGUUUAUGAAAGAUUUGAAUCAUAAGGUUAAUAGGUAUUAAUUAUGGAACUUGGAGGAAAAGAUUUAUUUUCUGUUUUAAAGAAUAAAUUAUAAAUAGAAUAAAAAAUUAAAAUUUGUUAAGAAGUAAUAAUUAACCAUUUAAUAUUAGAUUUCUUAAUCUAUUGCGUUUCUUCAUAAAUAAUAAUUGAUUCAUAGAGAUAUUAAACCUGAAAAUUUUAUUUAAGUAGGUACAACAUUUAAAUUAAUUGAUUUUGGUUUAAUUAAAAAAAAAGAAGAAAAUGUAAGACUUACAAAAAUGAUAGGAUCACCUCUUUAUUAAGCUCCUGAGAUCAUCAAAGGAUCAGACAAUUAUUAGGCUUCUGUUGAUAUUUGGUCUUUGGGAUGUUUAUUCUUUGAAUUAUUUUAAGGAGAACCUUUAUUUGAUGGUAUUCAUCAUUAUUUUAUUUUAAGGUUAAACUCUAUAGGAAGUAUAUUAAUAAAUCCUUAAUUAUUGUAAAAAUUAAUAAUAAAUUCAUCUUAAAAUUAAUUAAUUAUAAAUUAAAUAGGAAUUAAAAACUUUAAUUAAAUAAAUGAUUGAUCCAAUUCCUGAUAAGAGACCUAAUAUAGAUUAUGUUUAAAAAGAAUUAUUGCCAAAAUUCUUACCUUAUCCUAUUAAAAAUAUUU